AAAAUUAUUGAUAAUGUCUACCUUCUUAAGAUUUCACUUGGAAACGCCGGUGACGCCGUGUAGUAACAGUCUUAAAACCGUCAUUUUCGAAUAGUCGCUGUUCAUCGGAAAAUCGGCCAAUUGGAAAUCGCCAAAUUCUAUAGUCUCGGGAAAUUCGUGGAGAAUUUGUUAACAAUAUUUUUUAAAAUUUUCGACUGGUUUCAGUCAUACGACAGACCUUUGAGUAUGGUUUACAAAAACCCGGUUGGAAGAGUGGAAAUAACGACCUGUAGUGGUUUCUUGGUACUGAGUAGCGACACAAUAACCGUAUAGGAUCGUUUAGAAUUUAGUUAGCUUUCGAAAAAAUUCAAAACCAGAGUCUUACAACCAUUUACCAUUGAGUUAUCGUGUAGAACGAUUGUACAACCGUAGCCCGGAGGACGAAGCGAAUUACACUGGUUUACUAGUCGGUACGGUUUAAUGCAUAUAGUUAGAAAUUUUUAAUUUUUUUUUCAUCACUGUCCCGAAGACUGGAAUCAUCCAUAUACAUUUGAACAUUUACUUGGACAAUUUCAUCAUCGACAUGACAGAAACCGUUCUUGCAACUCCGGCUCCAGCCGCCACGUCGCCGGCCACGAAAAAGUCGUCUCCUACCAAGAAGAAGUUGGUAGCUGCUAAAGUCAAAAAGACGACCGUUGCGUUGCAUCCGACCACCGCUGUGAUGGUCACCUCUGCUAUCAAAGAGCUCAAGGAGAAGAAGGGUUCAUCGUUGCCAGCCAUUAAAAAAUAUCUGGCCGCCAACUACAAGGUCGAUCCCGCCAAGUUGGCACCUUUCAUCAGGAAGUUUUUGAAAGCCGCCGUCGCCAACGGUACCGUCGUUCAGACCAAGGGAACCGGCGCUUCAGGACACUUCAAGUUACCUGUCGCCGAGGUCAAGUCGAAAAAGGCCGCCGUUGUAGUGAAAAAGAAGAAAUCGACUGUCAAAAAAGUGGCCAAAGCCGCCGGAACACCGAAGAAGAAGAAGUCCGCAGCCGCCAAGAAACCCGCGGCGGGUGAACCUGCAGCUAAAAAAUCGAAAAAGGCCGCUGCACCCAAACCCAAGAAGGCAACUACGCCGAAAAAAGCCGCCCCGGUCAAAGUGAAAAAACCGGCCGCCGUUAAACCCAAAACGAAAAAGACUCCAAUCAAGAAAACCGCAGCUCCCAAAAAGAAGUAAAAUAAUUCUUCAUUCCCCUCCAUUCUUUGCAUUUAAAACGGUCCUUUUCAGGA